AUGGAACAGAAUAUUAUUAGCACUAUAAAUGAUGAAAAUAUUCGCCAGCGGUCGCAAUACCUUACAAUUGCCCAACUAACCGCUAUUGCGGAGAAUAAAAUCAACGAGUUCAUCAUGAAUGGUAAGAGCAAAGAUCGAGAUUUGAGCAGCCUUCUAGACAAGUGUAUCGACAUCUUAUCCGAUUACAAAAAAUACUCGAAAGAUAUCAAAGAUAUUAUAUCCUGCCGAAAUAAGGGUGCGAUAAGUAGUUCGAAUUAUGAUAUCACUAUACAACUAAAUUACGUUUACUACAAGAUCAUUCAUAUUAUUGUAACCACGAAGAUUCCUCAUCUAGAUGAAUUCGCAAAGGUCAAGUUGCGUAAGAACUCGCAUAGUGAUGGCAAUAGUAAUAGCAACAAUAAUGAAUUCCAACUGAUGAAUAUAUACAACACCUUACUACAGACCUUACUGAAAGAUGAAAAUAUCACAAAGAUUAAAAACUUCAUAAAGUCUUCCGUACAGCAGACAAAACUGCACCACGACCAAGAAGAAUGUAACUUGAUGCAAUCGGGUUCCUAUAUCACACCCGACCAAUUAAAUUCAUUAAUAAUUUCGUCGACCAGUUCUUCUUCGUCUCAAAUGGAAACCCUAUUGAUAGAUAUACGAUCAAGGUUGGAAUUCGACAAGUCCCAUAUUGCUUCGAAAAACAUUAUCUGCCUGGAGCCUAUUUCUUUCAAAAUAUCGUACUCUGAUCACGAUUUAGAGAAAAAAUCAUUAAUUACAUCUCCCAACAAUGAAAUUAAACUAUUCCAAAGUAGAAACCUUUUCAAAUUUAUCAUUCUCUACACGGACUCGAACGAAUAUAACAUCAAGCAACAAUCCGCCUUAUUAGAUAUUCUAUUGAAUCAUUCCUUUGAAAAACCAAUAUCCAGCGACUUCACUAAAGUUUUUAUCUUGAAAUCUGGUUUUCCAAGUUGGCUAAAUUCAAAUCACGGGAAGCAAAUAUCCUCAACUUUCCCAUCAAAACACAAUAUCAAGGAUGAUAGUGUUUAUGUUAACGGUAACACCUCCGGUCUGAGUUUACAACAUUUGCCCAAGAUGUCCCCCAGUAUAAGCCAUUCAAUGGACGACUCCAUGAAAGAAAUGCUGGUCUCGCCUAUUCCAAUAAACCAUCUUCAACAACAGCAACAACAACUACAAACAGACAGUAAUUUUGCACUAAAAAGAUCCUCAAGUUUUAAGAAAUUGUUUUCCAACUAUACGUCACCUAGUCCGAAGAAUUCAAAUUUAUAUUCCAUAUCUUCAUUAUCGAUAUCUAACUCACCAUCUCCUUUACCCCUAUCUUCGCCCAAUCCAAUGAAAAAUGAUUCUUUCCCUGUUAAUUAUCCAGAAACGCCACAUCUCUGGAAAAACAACGAGAUAGAUUCUAUAACAAAUCAAAUAGAGCUAUUGAAUCACAACUCUUUCACGCAUAUAACACCCAUCAAUACUAGAGCCAUCACUUCUCCAUCAAGAACCGCAACACCAAAAUUGCAACGUUUUCCACAAACAAUCAGCAUGAACUUGAAUAUGAAUUCUAAUAGCCACGACUCUGCCACCUCUACUAUUCAACCUUCGUUUCUCUCCUUGUCCAACAAUAGCUCUUUAGACCACAUUAAUGCUUCGCCAACUUCUUCCGCUCACAAUUAUGAUCUUGAUUUCGCGGUUGGCUUAGAGAACCUGGGAAAUUCGUGUUACAUGAACUGCAUAAUUCAGUGUAUUUUAGGUACCCACGAACUAACACAAAUAUUUUUGGACGAUUCAUACGCUAAACAUAUUAAUAUCAAUAGCAAGCUGGGAUCGAAGGGUAUCCUAGCGAAAUAUUUUGCGAGGUUGGUUCAUAUGAUGUAUAAGGAACAGGUUGAUGCUUCGAAGAAGAUAUCUAUAUCCCCGAUAAAGUUUAAAUUGGCAUGUGGAUCGGUUAACUCGUUAUUCAAGACUGCGUCCCAACAAGAUUGCCAAGAGUUCUGUCAGUUCCUUCUGGAUGGGCUGCAUGAGGAUUUGAACCAAUGCGGUUCGAAUCCACCAUUGAAGGAACUCUCUCAAGAAGCUGAAGCAAGAAGAGAAAAAUUAUCCCUAAGAAUUGCGUCGUCGAUAGAGUGGGAGCGUUUCUUAACUACCGAUUUCAGCGUCAUUGUCGACCUGUUUCAAGGUCAAUACGCGUCGCGACUAAAAUGUAAGAUUUGCGGCCAUACCUCGACAACGUAUCAACCCUUCACAGUGCUCUCAAUUCCUAUACCCAGAAAAGUUCCCCAAAACGAAAUUACCAUCGAGGAUUGUUUUAAAGAAUUUACAAAAUGUGAAAACUUGGAGGUAGACGAACAAUGGUUGUGCCCACACUGUAAAAAAAGACAACCUUCCACAAAACAAUUGACGGUAACAAGAUUGCCGAGAAAUCUGAUUAUUCAUCUAAAAAGAUUCGAUAACUUAUUGAAUAAAAAUAACGAUUUUGUCAAAUAUCCGUUCUUGUUGGAUUUAACCCCGUUUUGGGCUAAUGAUUUUGAUGGUGUAUUUCCUCCAGGCGUCAAUGAUGAUGAAUUACCAGUAAGGGGACAAAUACCACCGUUCAAGUACGAGUUAUAUGGCGUGGCAUGCCAUUUCGGUACUUUGUACGGGGGUCAUUAUACAGCCUAUGUGAAAAAGGGAUUAAGGAAAGGAUGGUUAUAUUUUGAUGAUACCAAAUUUAAACCUGUUAAAAACAAAACUGAUGUUACUAAUUCUAAUGCAUAUGUUUUGUUUUAUCACCGUGUCUACGGUGUUUAA